UUACGUUUUAGUCAAUGAAUUUUUUAUUGGGUAUUGUAGUUCAUUUCAUAUUAAUUUGCGGUUCAUAUGAAUACUGAAAGAAGAUUAGGUCAUAUAUCCUAUAAAUAAUAAAUAUAUGAGGAAUGAAUCGUUUCCGUAAUGUAUUUGGUAGUAAAAAAUGCAAUGUCAUAGCCAUGAUACAUGUUGAGGCUUUGCCAGGAACUCCGGGAUAUAAAGGAAGUUGGGCUCGAAUAGUGGAAAAAGCAAUAACAGAAGCAAGAAAUUUCGUUAAAAAUAAAGUGGACGCUAUAUUAAUAGAAAAUAUGCAUGAUGUGCCUUACUUGCCAAAUCAUCUUCUGGGACCUGAAACCAUUGCCUGUCUAUCCCGAGUAUGUAACGAAAUUCGGCAAAUUGUGCCACCUAUUAUACCAUGCGGUAUUCAAAUACUUGCUUGUGGAAACAAGCAAGCAUUGUCCGUAGCAAAGGCAACCGAUCUGCAGUUUAUUCGAGCAGAAGGUUUUGUAUUUGGUCACGUCGCAGAUGAAGGUUAUACAGAUGCGUGUGCUGGAGACCUAUUACGCUAUCGUAAAUUUAUUGAUGCUGAAGACGUGUUGAUUUUUACAGAUUUAAAGAAAAAACACAGCUCACAUGCCAUUACAAAUGACGUUACUUUAUUGGAAACUGCAAAAGCGGCCGAGUUUUUUUUAACUGAUGGUAUCGUAAUAACAGGUAAAUCAACUGGCCAAGCCGCUAGUAUGGAAGAUUUGAAUGAGGUAUUGGGUCGAGUGAAUUGUCCGGUACUAAUUGGUUCUGGUGUAAAUAAAAAAAACAUCACACAAUAUUAUGAAAAAGCGCAAGGCGUUAUUAUAGGUUCACAUUUCAAAGUUGACGGCUACUGGGGAAAUGAAUUGUCCGAGACAUCAUUAACAGAAUUUAUGAAUAAAGUAGAAUCAAUAAGAAACGAAUAAAAAAAUGUAUUUAAAGA